UAUGUGGUCUUGCCCCCCUAAACAACGUUGGGAGCAGUGGGUCGGGGGCAGCAGGGACGUGGCCCUGGGCAGUCAGCCUGCAGAUGAAUGGGGUCCACAUCUGUGGCGGCACUCUCAUCACAGAGAAAUUUGUCAUGAGCGCAGCCCAGUGCUUCAACAGCUCUCAGCUUAAUAGCAGCCAGUGGACAGUGGUUCUGGCUAUGAAUGUGUCAGUGGAGGUGUCCAACAUCACUCUGAGCAACCUGCCGGGUCCCAACAUCGCUGUGCUCCGCCUGGCCACCAGCGUAAACCUGACUGACUACAUUCAGCCUGUGUGCCUCGAGCUGGACAAUACCGCCCUCAAAACUGGGACACAGUGCUGGGUGACGGGAUGGAGGGGCAUCCAGGGAGGAGUCCCAGAUAUUCAGCAGCAGAAUACAACAGUGGCAGAUUGUAGGGACAGUGCAUCUUCUUCCAACAUCUGUAUCAGAACUGUGACAUUGCAGCAGGCCCAUCUCAAGCCCCCUCCUGCCCUUCCUCCCCUCGCUCUUCCUCCUCGUAAGUUCCCCGUCUGCCUUGUCUGUGUCUUCGGACGGACCCCCCGGUGA